AUGAGCGCCGCGCGAGUGACAUCACUGAAUCCCGACAAGCAAGGCCAUCGCCAUGUUCGAAUCCACCCGGAAUGCUCCCUAUGCGGCUGCUACUUCGACGUUGGCGAGCCCAUGAUAGCCUUGCUCGGCGAUCGCUUCCACCCCACGUGUCGAGUGAUCGAUGCCUCGCUAUUUCCCAUCGCCAUUUAUUGCAACCAAAAGCCCAACACCCCCUGGACCUUUUGCCAGCUGCCCAAAUGCACUAAGUGCGCUGCUGAGCUGGAAAGUAUUACGGUGCAUCAGGACUGCUUCCAGAUGUUUCUCGAGCAAACAGCGACACAUAAGCGCAUCACGGCAUACAAUCUAUGGCAUGCCGCCCAUGCCCGUUACCCGUGGCGUGGGUUUUGGCCCCUCCCAGUGACCAUGUUGGACGAAGACGCCGUCAACUUUGCCAUGGCGCAUGCUGCCACACACUGGCAAAUACCUCUGGCUAUGCUCCCCUAUGAAUUACUACUGGCCAUAUGCGAAAAUCUCCAACACAGUGUCUUUUGGCGCUAUGUUCUCGCCAGGGAAUUUGUUCGCAAGCUGAUAGCCAAAGCUAAUGACAAAACCUCAACAACAACUACACUGUCACAAAUAGCGUCUUGGAAGCGAGGCUCUGCACCCAAGAUAGCAACGCCUGAUGCUGGCUCCUACUUUCGUCUCACCAUCGACUCUCGCGGACUUCAAGAGAUUGAGCGGCUUGUCGAUAUUCCAGCAAGAAGCGCGAUGCGGAGCGAGGCGUGCGCCUACGUAGUCGAUAGCGUCCAGCAGCUCGGCGAAAUCUCAACAUCUUUCCAGCUUGGACUCGCUCGGCUUUAUCCGCCUAGUAAGGGAAUGCGGCAGCUAAGAUCGUGGGACACGCCUGGGCCGCCUGUCCCACCCGACCACCAGUUUUCACCAGACCUUCAACCAAUAUGUCCACGUUUAGGCACGAUUGAAACUCGACAUUCCUUUGGAAUCACCUUUUUCAUAUCGUCCGGCACGAUCGCGGCAAUCCAUGCGCACACUGAGCAAGCGCCGUCAGCUUACUCUUGCUUCCUGCGACUGAAUCCUGUCAAGAGGAAAUGGGUGGCUUGGAUAUUUGUACCGAUACACGGUGGGAUCGACAAGUUCGGAUUUCGUACUCCGCUGCUGCCUCCUGGCGCAACCUUGCCCCCGUUCGCAGGCAGCCUGCUGCUUCACAUGAAGAUUUCCGGAGAAGUUGUGCUAGGCCCUUAUAUGCACGACGGGAGGGAUUUGUGGAUGGAGGAUGAUCCUACUACCCUGAUUCACGGCAUAUCCCGAAUGGGCGCUGUGUAUCCACUGGGGACGGCACCUCGAAAUGAGGAGGGGGAGGAGGAAGAGGUAUUUUACCAGAACCCGAUGAACCUGUCACCGCCGUUUGAGCACGCAUACUUUUCGUAUGCAGAACUGGACGAGGUGGUGUACGUCGAAGUCUAUCACGACAAGGCACUGCGCAUCUGCCGCGGCGUCGUUGUCGGGUAUAAGAAUGGCGGGGCGAGGGCGCUCGGCCAGUGCCGCAUUGGGGUCGAUGCUGUGCGAGUGUAUGAGCGGCCAUUGUGCUUCUGUUACAAAACGACCAAGUAUCUGCGGCACGGCACACGCGUUGAGCGGGACAGCGUUGAGAUCGAGUGCCACAGUCAGGCGUAUCAUGACCAUGCAGAGGACGGAUGGACGUGCUGCAAGUUUCCCAGCCGGCUGGAGUGGUGGUUUACGAGCGAGGAAUCACGGAUCUCAUUUACACCGGGCAGGGAGGGCUGCAGAUGA